AAAUGCCAGCAGCCAGUACUGUAGAUCAGUGUGGAUUUGUCGGAGGUUCCAAUAGUUUUUUAGUCGUCCGUUAUGUCUUGGCACGGUUUUUUGUUAGCCGUAAUGUUCUGCUUAUCCCAGAGCGGGGUGGCAGCGUCUCCUGAUGGAGCGCCGACCUCGGCGUGUAAUUCCAUGAAACCAGGACAUGGCAGACAGUCGAACGCUGCGUGUCCAUUUCAAACUAUUUUCGAUAAGACGGAAAUGUUUUCCAAUGGUACCUUGAAAGUGACGUUACAAAGACCUCCAACAUCGAUAAGCGAUACAUUCAAAGGUUUUUUGGUCAUGGCGUUCAACAAAGCAACGAAUGCUGUUAUUGGAACAUUUUUUAUUCCGUCGGCAGACCAGAACAGCAAAACUCUAAAUUGUGGUCAAUAUGAUAAUGCUGCAACGCACAAAAUUAACAGUGCAAAGUCAAGUAUUUCGAUGGAUUGGAUUCCUCCUCAAGGAUUCGACGGUGAUGUCGAAUUCAAAACUACUUUUAUAUUGGACAAAAAUAUUGAUUAUUGGGUCAAAGAAUCUUCCGGGACGAUCCGUAUUAUUGCCUCCGAGCCUAUACCUACAAACCCAACCACCGACUCGGCAAACACUCAACCUCCGCUCCCAGAUCUUUAUGUCGGAUGCGGGGAAACUAAAGGCUGUAUUGCCACACCUGAUGAAUGCAUCGCCACAAAAAGCUGCUCCAUGUUGACAACAUACAGAAAAUUCGACAACGAUCAUUUGGAGCUGGAGAUCUAUGGUGAAAUCACAGGGGAUCAAUAUGUGGCUGUUGGAUUUUCCACUGAUUCAAAAAUGGGAUCCGACAGUGUGGUUCAAUGCGUCCAAUACCGCAGUGCGCCGAAAACGUAUCAGUCAUACAAUACUCAGGACCACGACAACAAAAGGCUUACAUCGAACUUGCAAGGGUUUCAAGAAACUUCCUCCUCAUUUGUUGACGGAUACAUUUAUUGCAGCGUAAUACAUCCUGUUGUAUUCAAAAAUUCCAACCAAGACUUUGAUCUGAAUCAACCGCAUUAUAUUCUGAUGGCCACGGGGACCGCUGGACAAGAUAAAAUUGAACGUCACUCUAAAGACGAAAAGAGCAGUGCAUCCAUUAAUUUAACAAGUGAUACCGGCAUCUCGUAUUACAAAGAAUCAAGAGUACUGAAACAGUUACAUGGUUCCUUCAUGGUUAUCGCCUGGCUUAUGGCCGCAUCCACUGGGUUACUGAUGCCGCGCUACAUGAAAAAGACGUGGGUCGGCAAGCAGUUCAUGAAAAAGGACCUCUGGUUUGUGUAUCACCGAGGAUUGAUGGUGCUGGCCUGGACUCUGACGGUGAUCGGCUUCAUCAUCAUUUUCGUUGACGUUGAUGGCUGGGUGUCCGAGUCCGUCUCCGAGAAUCCCCAUCCGCUUAUCGGAUGCAUCACCACUGUUUUGGCCUUCAUCCAACCUUUCAUGGCCUUAAUGAGACCCAUGCCCAACGCUCCGAAUCGAUACAUUUUCAAUUGGGCCCAUAUGCUCGUCGGAUACUCUGCUCACAUCUUAGCUAUUACCUGUAUAUUUUUGGCCGUCGAAAUGGAAGAGGCGGAAUUACCUUAUGAAACUUACUGGAUCUUGACGGCCCACAUUUGCUGCUACGUCGGCGCACAUCUUCUUCUGACCUUUUUGGCACGAAGAAACACCACCGUGCGUGAUGUACUGAAGGAUGCUCCGAGAGAUGAAACGGGAUCUCUUGGAAGGAAAAUCAUCGUCAUCUGUUACAUCUGCAUUGUAGUUGGACUGGGCUCAACUGUCAUUGCCUUUAUCGCUGGAGCGUAGUAACAUUUCCGAUUCAAUUUUUUUCAUGUAGGAUAUAGUUUGUGAUUUACUUAACCUUGGCUAAAAUAUGUACGAAUUUAUUGACUACUGAGAGGAUCGAACUCUUGGUACUUUUUUUUUAUUUUCAAUUUCGCUCUUCGGUCUCUACCAUUAUGUGAAUUAUCCAAGAAUGAUUUCGCCAUUAGUUUCUAAAUGUUGCAAUGCCGAUCAUAACAAAGAGUCGUUCAAUUUGGUAGAUAUUUGUGUUUCCAAUCGUUAUUUCUUUGAAAUAAUACAUUCAUUUAUCAAUU